GUCAGACAAAAACAAGGAAGUAGCCAGGAAGCGAUUAUAACGACUCCAAAUUUAUUGGUUUUUGUGGUUUCAUAUACAGGUUACAGGUUAUUUUCUCCUCUAACAAAGAACAAUGAACAACAAAGGUUCUUACCAACAACAGGGAGUGUAUCCUCAGCAGAACUCAGCACCCAUAUACCCUCCGACUAUGCAAAUGCAACCCCCACCCCAGGUACCCCCCUACACAGAUGCCCCACCUGCCUACUCUGAGAUCUAUCAGCCAAGGUAUAUGCACCCAUCCCAGGUCCCUGGGCAGCUAUCUCAGAUGACCACUGCAUACCCUGCCACUCAAAUGUUUGUGCCCAUGCCACAGACUGUGCCAGUUGGAGCAAUGACCCCUAAUGUUCCCAUGGCUUACUACCCCAUGGGGCCUGUGUAUCCUCCAGGCUCCACAGUUCUGGUGGAGGGUGGAUUUGAUGCUGGAGCCCGAUUUGGCCAUGGCACAACUGCUUCCUUACCUCCUCCUCCUCCUGGACAUGCCCCAAAUGCAGCACAGCUGGCAGCAAUGCAGGGUGCAAACGUGAUGAUGACACAACGCAAGGGCAACUUCUUUCUUGGUGGCUCAAGCGGUGGUUACACUAUUUGGUAACAGAAGGACCUGGUUGGAUCUUGACCUUAGCCUUCUCUGGUAUACUCUCUCCUGCCUUCUCUGGGGCAGCUUGGCAAUGCCAUGAUAUUGAAACAGCAGAAUGUAAUGUUUUAUAGUCCCCACUGGUACAGUACUAUGUUGUUGUCUCUAACAUUUAAAAUAAACCAUAAAGCUACUACUUUUUAGAUCAUUUUGCGUUUCCUGAUAGAGAACAAAAAUGCAACUGUCAUUUGAUCUGCUCUUAUCCAUAUUGCAAUAGAAGAAUUUAGUAAAAAAGUAAACAUUUUCACAAGUUUGCUAAUGUACCUAAUAGCUAUAAUAAGUAUGUUGUUUUUAGUAAGUUCUACACUACUGUUGAGUAGCUCUGUUAUUAUUCAUUAAAAUAGCUUCCAGCAUUUACUUCAGUUAGUUGAAAAAUCUUUAAAAAAAAAAACCACUUUCCUCCCCCAGGUGUUUUACAAAUUGAAUUACAACAGAGCACUGUACCCUUUGGGUAGGAAUAGAUAUAUUUAAUUGGGUGCCAAAUAUAAGCACCAGUAAUUUCACAUUUAAACAUUAAAAAAACAAUGCAGUAAGCCCUCAUAUUUGGUUCAGAAAGUUGGUUGGCCUUUUCCACAUCAUGUCAGAUACCCAGAGCUGUACAUAAUGCAGUGCAUAGGUUUUUUGUUUGUUUUUUUUCCUCUUUCCACAUUAGUUCGUACUUGUCAUAUUCUCAACAUUAGAGUUCAUUAGUAAUCAGGGCUUCUUAAAGACUUUUCUCAUGUAACUAAGCACAUAAAGCAUUUUUAACAAGUCAUUUUAAAUGUAUAACCAAGGAGCUGGUUGUACCAAAGAUCUGGGUUAGAAUGCACUAAAAGCUUUAGAUGUGACCUGAAAGUCUUCUCUCAAUAAUUCUGCACACAUGAUAAAUUAAUACAUGAUAAGAAAACAUAUCAAAAUUAGACAGUGAUUGUUUUGCAGGCAUGAUUUGCCUGUUAAAGCACCUCACUGGUCUUUUGUAGUACAGUGUGAUUUUUAGAAAAGUGUCUUGCAUAACUGCAUUAUGAUGGUUCUGCAUGCCUUUUGCACUUAUUCAAUACUAUAUUGUUUUAAUAAAAAAUGAUCAAUGUUCAAUUUUUAGAAAUACUACAAAUAUUAAUUUAUGUGCAGUCAACCAACUCUAAAAUGUUAGAUUUUUGCAACUUGUUUUUGUAUAAAUGCUUUAUACAUGCAAAUAUAUCCGUCAUUAAA